CAAGACGCUGCUAACUGUUAAUUCGGAAAGAAAAAAAUCACCGUUUUCCAGCAUUUUUCUUGGAGGAGAACAAAACAAUAGGGAAAAUGUCCAUUUUCCCUAAAAUAUCUUUGAGACUUGAGGUUGAAAAGUAUCUUAAAGAGGGUUUUAUGAAUAAGGAGGUUGUAUCUGCUUUUGGGAAACAAGAAGCAGAAAGGAAAUUUGAAACUCUGUUAAAUCACUUGUCACAUCCUCCAUCAUUCACAACUGUCAGAGUAAAUACACAUCUAGCCUCAGUGCAACAUGUGAAAGAUCUGUUGUUUGAUGAACUUCAGAAGCAGUUUAAUGGAUUAAGUGUUCCUAUUCUUCAACAUCCAGACCUUCAGGAUGUCUUACUUAUUCCUGUUAUUGGACCUAGGAAGAAUAUAAAAAAACAACAUUGUGAAGCAAUUGUUGGAGCACAAUGUGGCAAUGCGGUGUUAAGAGGAGCCCAUGUCUAUGUUCCAGGAAUUGUGUCAGCUUCAAAAUUUAUGAAAGCUGGAGAUGUUAUUUCUGUAUACUCUGAUAUUAAAGGCAAAUGUAAGAAAGGAGCCAAAGAAUUUGAUGGAACAAAAGUAUUUCUUGGAAAUGGGAUUUCUGAACUAAGCCGCAAAGAAAUCUUCAGUGGGCUACCUGAACUGAAAGGUAUAGGCAUAAGAAUGACAGAACCGAUAUAUCUCAGCCCCUCAUUUGACAAUGUGCUGCCCAGCUACUUAUUUUUACAGAAUUUGCCAUCUGCUGUAGUAACUCAUGUUCUGGAUCCUCAACCCGGAGAGAAGAUUCUAGAUUUGUGUGCAGCACCUGGAGGCAAAACAACACACAUUGCAGCAUUAAUGCAUGAUCAGGGAGAAGUAAUAGCACUGGAUAAAAUAUCCAACAAAGUAGAAAAAAUAAAACAGAAUGCUUUAUUGUUAGGACUGAAUUCCAUCAAGGCAUUUUGCUUUGAUGGAACAAAGGCACUUAAACUCAAUACAGUUAAGGAUGCUGAAGGAAAACCUCCAUUCUUACCAGAAUCUUUUGACCGAAUUCUUCUUGAUGCACCAUGCAGUGGAAUGGGACAGAGACCAAACAUGGCUUGUUCUUGGAGUUUGAAAGAAGUGACAUCGUAUCAACCGUUACAGAGAAAACUCUUCACUGUGGCAGUUGAGCUGCUGAAGCCGGGGGGCGUGCUGGUUUAUAGCACAUGCACCAUCACGCUGGCAGAAAACGAAGAACAGGUUGCCUGGGCCCUCAGAACAUUUCCUUACCUUCAGCUUCAGCCCCAGGAACCACAUCUUGGAGGAGAAGGAAUGGUGGGAGCUGGCCUCUCACUGGAACAGUUGAAACAGCUGCAGCGAUUUGAUCCGUCUGCCGUGCCCUUACGGGACACUGACAUUGAUUCUCUCAGAGAUGCCAGAACAGAAGACAUGAUUUGGCUGGCAAAUAAGGAUUGUAUAGGGUUUUUUAUUGCAAAAUUCAUAAAAUGCAAAAGCACAUAGAAAGAUCCUUAGAAAUGAAAAUUCCAAACGUUUGCUGUAUGGUUUUCUUUUUUUUUUUCUUUGACCCAGCUGUUGUCGGGCCUGGUGAUGGAUGGCAUAGUUGCUAAGGAAGCAGAAAAGACAAUCAGCAGCUGGACCAGGGACCAAGAGAUUUGACCAUGAACUAGUCAUGGAGGAAGUAGUUGGGGGUGGUAUGAGAUUAUAUUCUGUGUUUUUUAAAUAAUUUUUUUCUUAAGGAUUUAGCACAGUAAAAGGAAAAGGAGAUGCCUAUGGAUAUCUGGAGCAUAUUUUCAUUUGGGGUUUUGUGUUUUAAUGUGUAAAGAAUGUAAGUCAUUUUUAAUGUUAAAAUUUGUGAUUGUAACAAAGGAAUAAAAUGAGCAAUAAUUUAAUUUGGUAAAAAA